UCUUGUACGGAACAAACACUCGUUGGCGUUGCCCGAUCGCGUUGUGAAACGAAACUUAAGUGAUAAAAGUAAGUUAGGUGACGAUAAAUGGCGAGCUUGAGGCAGCCUACACUCGUUCUGCUGCUUUCUAUUGCCAUAAGUUUUAGCCAGCUUGGUCAGAGUUUCCGAUUUCCCGACCAAAACCACCCGGUCAUUUACAUCGACCGAAUCAAAAGCUUCGACAGGUGGUCAAAUGUUUGGGCCGUGGAACCGCAACGAUGGAAUUCUAGUCCCAAAAUCAAAGAAUGCACAACGCCAACCCGGCGCCGGGGCAUCUGCCGCUCGAUCUACGACUGUGACAGCAUGUUGUCCUUCUUUGGCGAUCGCCUGCUGACCUGGGAGGAGCGAGACUUUCUCCGGCUGUCCGUCUGCACCGGGGCCGCUUCGGGUCGACAACCGUACGUGUGCUGUCCUGAUCGAGUCAACGGCGGAGGUGGUGGAGGAAAUUCGGUGACACCAGCACCACCACCGGUCAUUUCGAGCACUACGCCCAGUAUCGGGGAUGUUAAUCCGGUGGGACGCACUUCCGGUGGGGCUUUGCCGAAUCCGAGCAAAAACGAGUGUGGUGUCAGCAUUGGGAUGCGAAUUUACGGUGGAGAAAAUGCCGAUAUCGAUGAGUUCCCUUGGCUGGCCAUGUUGGAGUACGAAAAUUUCCGGGGGGAACGAAAGUUCAGCUGCGGAGGAUCACUUAUCAACAUCCGAUACGUCGUAACGGCGGCCCAUUGCGUCGUUGGUGAAGUCGAGAAGAAGGAAGGAAAUUUAAUAAGCGUACGGCUGGGAGAAUAUGAUACUACGACCGAAAUCGACUGCAUCGAACAGGACGGCGAGAAGAUUUGUGCGGAUCCUCCGCAGAAUAUUCCGAUCGAGGAAAAGCGUGCACACGCCGAGUACAGCGAAGAUUCCAAACACAACGAUAUAGCCCUGCUGCGGCUUAGUCGCAACGUGGAGUUCUCGGACUUUGUUCAACCCGUGUGUCUACCGUUGCCAGAUUUCAAAAGUUCAUCGACUGGUUCCGUGAACUUUGUCACCGGUUUUGGUAGGACGCUUAAAGGAAGCCGCAGUAUGGUGAAACAGAAGCUCGGCAUCAAGGUGUACGAUCAGGAACGAUGCCGGACCAAGUUUGCCACCAAGAAGGCGGUCAUCACCGACAAUCAGAUGUGUGCGGGUGGUGACUUUGCCAAGGAUUCCUGUCAUGGAGAUUCCGGCGGUCCGCUCAUGAAGCUGCAGAAAGUUUGGACCCUCGAGGGGGUCGUGUCCUACGGUAAUCGGUGCGGAUUGGAGGAUUGGCCUGGUGUCUACACACGGGUGCUGGCCUACAUGGACUGGAUACGGACCAACAUUAGAGAUUAACGCGCGUUAAAACUGAUUGUGAUGUGAAUAGUUUUAGAGCUGUAGGUUAUACAUUUGAGUCAAUUACAUGUCAA